AACCCAUCGCCGCAAGCAAGCUUGCGUGUCGGCAUGACUGGGGGAAGCUGUCCCAACGCAUGAGCAACAUCUCGCUGUCCUCCGGCACGGACUCCGUGGGCCACAUGGAUCGCGGCAGCAGCUCCAGUCUCGCUAGCAGCGCCACCGUUGGCACCAACACCAUCACCAGCGGCAUUUCCAAGGAGUGCGCCAAUUACCCCGUCGGCAGUCAGUCGGCCCGUCCAUACGUCCAACUGCCGGGCAUACACAUUUCCAACCCUCCCAAGUACGGGCCAGGGAAUAUGCAGGAAAUACACGCUGGCAAAAUGGCGCACAACGGCAAGGCACUCACAGGGCGCUACAAUGCCACGCCCACCUAUGGCUUCGACAACGAGCAGAACUACUGCCUGAAUUCCCAACAGUUGCCGUCUCCAAUGCCCCCUCCACCAUACGCCUUGGCACGCGUGAGCAGCACACGCAACUUCGAGCUCGAGAACCACACACCGCCGGCAUGUCCCGGCUCUGGACCCAUUGCCAUGACGAACGGCACCAUCCAGUUGCGCCUCCGCGAUGGCGUGCGCAUUGACAUGACUCUGGACAAGGCGGUGCGCGUGCUCAAUCAGCGCAGCAUGGUGGCAGUUGCUCUAUCACGCAACUGCAGCAACUCGGCUUUGAUCCACCCCAAUGGACGCAUCUUGCAGAGCGGCGCUAAAGUCGAAAUAGUCAGCUACGACGGCAUGAAGGGCAAUAACUUUGUUCGCUAUGCCAAGAUGUGGGUGUGAGCUUCACCAGCGAGGCGUGCGCUCUCAUCUACCUGGUGGACACAGCCGGGACGCGCAGCACAACCGACACUUUCACCGAUCUGACCAAGGACUACACCCUGCCAGUGUUCUAUGACGACUCGCGCCAUGGUCCCUCUUAUAUGGCUGAAGCCCAUGACGUGAUUGCCAAUUCAGCUUACACCUGUACCGAGGAUUGCACUGAGAUCUAUGACAUAAACGGAUUUCGCAUCACCCAGGCAGCCGAUGGCCUGGUGAAGGUCACUCGUGUGGACAACAAGUGCUUGAUUCGCACCAGUCCCGGCAAUGGGACAAUGGGACCACCU